UGACACAGCUAUAUUAUGUGAAAGUAAAGCAGAGCAGCUCACAAGGGGUGAGAUCUUUAAAAGGGGGUGUAGCCUUUAAAUAGACAAGCCUCACUGAGGAUCUCUCCAGACUUCCACAGCCUUAAAGGAGACAGGAUAAAAUUUGUGGAUAACCUUUUAAUUUAUCUCUAACCCAUUGGACAGGGGGGAUAACUGGAUGCUUUGUUUUCAUGCUUUUCUCUCUAUUGGUUUAAAAGGCACUGAUGAACAAGCAGCUGACGCAGAGGGCAGUUAUCUGCACGGCGUACUUGGAAAGCGAAGGACCCGAAGGCAUCUUGAAAUAGAAAUUUAAAAGAGGAGGAGGAGAGAAAGGAGGGGGUUUUAGAGUGAGAGCAUUGGUAUGCCAGGCUCAAAACCAAGCAUGGCUGUGCAGAAGAAACACAGUGACGUCCCUCCAUCGCAGGGACCACUUUCUACACGUACCAUCGAGAGCCUGAAGAAGAGGAAUGGAUCUGAAAGAACAGGAGACAAUGGUGGUCAGAUCAAACCAAAUCUACAGGCAAAGAAAACAGCCUGUUCUGUCAACAAGGCUGCCCAAAUCUGCAACACAGCCACUCCACGGGCCGCUGCAGUGGCCAAUGGAGCAAAUAUUGAUGAGAGGCUGAAAGCAGCACGGGAAAGAAGAGAGGAGCACCAGAAGUUACUUGUCUCUCGGGAGCAGGGCAGGGUGGAGCGGGAGCAGCGCGCCAGGCAAUACUAUGAACAACAACUGAAGGAGCGCAAGAAGAAACUCCAGGACCAGAGACUCAAAGAGGAGAUGAAGCGCUCUGCCGUGGAGGAGAAGCGCAAGCAGAGACUGAAGGAGGAGAAAGAGCGAUAUGAAUCUGCAGUGCGUAGGACGGUGGAAAAGAGCCAAAGGGCCCAAAACAGCCUCGGCCAAAACUCAAGAGGAAGGAAGCUCACCAAGAACGUUCCACGUCGCUUGCCACUGACAACAUGGGAGAAGAACUUGGUCAGUCGCCUGCUUACCCCCACAUGCUCUUAUCUGGCCAGGAGCAAGAGUGCUGCUUGUCAGUCAGGAGAAGAAGUUGUCCAUAUUUGUCGCCGUGCAGUUUCAUUCCACUCCAUGAAUUCCACCAACACCAACACCACCACCACCACCACCACCACCCCUCCCAAACCCCAGCGCCAGUCUGGUCCAGUCCACCCCAGGCCAUCUGCCUCCCCGAGUCCCAACAACAGACAGCAGAGAAGCGUCAAUCUGGCACAGAUCAAAACAGCGAGACAGCAAGACGCUAAUAAGAAGAACUCAAAUACUAGAUCACCUGCCGUCAAAACCAGUGUGAAAUCAGCCAAAGUUAAACAAAGCAGAACAACCUCCCCCUCACCUGAACGGACCCCCCGAAGAACAAUCAGCAGACACUCAACCCCGCUGCAGAUCGAGCUCCCAUCGGUCCCCGAGGAAGAUGUUACCAUUUGUACUUCUGCCCUCUCUCCUGGUAACUCGAGGCCUGUCAGGACAUCAGCUGAAGGUCAGAGUGAGAUAAUGAGGGAUGAAAAUCCACCAGAGGCUCCAUGUUCGGACCUGCCCCACAAAGAGACGGCAGCUGUAACCACAACAGCAGGACAUGGAGAAGCGCCACCUCAUCCAGCUCCUCAGCCUCCUGAAGUCAUGAGUAGACCUUCAGCCGGGACCACAGACCGAGUGGAGGCCUCACGUCUCCUGGCUGAAAAGAGAAGAGAGGCCCGACUACAACGGGAGAGAGAGGAGCAGGAGCGUCUGCAAAGAGAGGAGGCCGAACGGCGGAGUCGUGAGGAACUGGAGCGCAAGAGGGCAGAGGAACGAGCGCGACAGCAGGCCGAAGCUCAGCGUCUCAUAGAGGAGAAGAUGAGGAGGGAGGAAGAGGAGCAGAGGAAAGCUGAGGAAGAGAGAGCUCAGGCUAUGAUGGAAGCCGCCCUUCUGCAGAAACAGAGAGAGGAGGAACAAGCCAAAGAGAUGGCAAAAGCAGAGCAGAUCAAACAAGAGCGAGAAAUCGUCGCUCAGAAAGAGGAGGCAGCACGCCAAGUCAGAAAAAAGCGACUGGAGGAGAUCAUGCGGAGAACCAGAAGGACAGAUUCUCCUGAUACGAAAUCUGCACCAGUGAGGAUUUUGCCAAAUGAAGCCCGACCAAAGGAAAACACAGAGCCUGUGCACAACGGCACUACAGAAGACGCCGUCAAGCUGCUGGUGGGGACGAAGACCUCACAGCUGGGGCUGAACAACGAGGAAGACAUGGUACCUGUUGUGGCCUUCAAAGAACGUAGGUCCCUCAGGACUCUCACAGGCCUGGAGGAGAUCCAGACCCACCAACGAGCAGAGGUCAUCUGAGCAGCUGCGAAGCGGGCAGACGGUCAAAGACUUUGUUUGAAAGCUGUGAUUUCUCUGUGAAACACAGACAGGAGUUACUGCAGUACAGCCAUUUUGCUGCCCUUCGGCACCUUGAAAGAGCAUGUAAGAUUACAGCCUUGCCUCGCACUGAGGACGUCAGCAUUUUGGUCACUUUUCUGUGUGUAACCAGCGGCACAAAUAUUGGGCAAGUUAUUUAUUGCUUUCUUCAGUACAGCAGGUAUCUGAACUAAUAACGACUAUCCAAACACCAGUAGAUGUAGACAGUGGUAAUGGUAGUUUGCUGGGAGUGUUGCUGCCUCUGUGAAAUAAUAGGAAUAGCCAUUCUAACAAUCACAACGUAUGUCAGCCAUAUGCUUUUUGCUUAUUCCUGAUAUUUCUUGCAAUGUAAGCACUUUUCCUUCCUCAGUUUUGUCACUGUGGGAUUAGAAUAGCUCGAGUGGCUGUUUUGCGCUGAGAACACAAGAGUUGUUGUCGAAAGUUAACUUCCCUCUCCCCGAAUCCCCAUCUUACCUUUUGAUUUUGUGACGUAUAGCAAUCACAUAUUUCAAAGCUGCUAAGGAACUUAGUUUCCAAAGACUUUGCUUUAGUUUUGUGAGUGUUGUUUUAGAGAAUAUAAUGCACAAAGCAUUCAUUGCACUGUUGACAGUUGCUUUGUUUGAUAUAUCAUGUAUCAUUUUACAAAGCAAAGUAUGAGGCGUAGAGAUUAAGCGAGUUUAUUAUAAUGAAAGCAUAUAAAAGCAAAUGUAUCUGAUCAUCAAUAUUUGAUCUUGUAGUUUAAGUACUGCUUAUAACUAUCACUUGUUAACCUGUUAAAAUGUUGAAAUAUAUGCCAUAUUUCAUUAAAGUUGAUACUAUGCCGCA